AUGGCACUCACGAGUUCAAGAUGGCGCCACCGGCAUUUUGACACUUGCCCAAGAUCCGUCAGCUGGAUUUUACAACCACCCCGAGCUUCGUCUAUUACGAGCAGAGAAUUUUACGUUUCUUGUGCACCUUACGCUGAUCAGUGUGGCAGUGGCGUUGGCUCGACGGAAGGCGUCGUCGGAAGCGUUGGUGGUAGCUGCAGCAGCGGUAACAGCAGCAGCGGCAGUGGCAUGGACUGCAUGCCUCUACGCCCCGGGCCUUUUCACUACUUGAUAAGCGAGCAGGCGAAGUCCUUGGUGGCCCUGCAGGAGCUACAGAAUGAGGUCGGCGCGCUACUCGAAUUCCGGGACCUCGUCAUCGAGACGUUCCCAAACCUCCGGCACAAGAUGGCCGCGACGGCGUCAGCGGGAGCGUCCGUGAUGUCGUCCACCUGUGCCCAGAACUCCCACAUCCCUUUGCCGCUGUCCAGCCCGUCGUCGAGGAGGAUCAACGAAUGGGAGCCGGGGAAGGUCAGGCGUCGAGUACCUCGAGAAGGCGGAGAGUCCUCGUCGUCGUCGUUGCCCAGGAGUCGCAGUAAUUCGCACAGCGGCGGCACCAAGAACAACUGCAGCGCCACGGUACAGGAUUCCGGCUUCAGCACGGAGACGUCGUCGAAGGAUAGCGCCUCGACGGCGAUAGCGCCUAGACCGAGCAGUCCUCGACCAGCAGUUUUGGACGAGGCUGAAGACGAGCUGUGGAACCUCCUGGACGUGAUCCAUCGCAAGGGAAUCAGGCUCAGAGAGGAGGUGGAAUGCCUUCAGGGUCGAUUGGAGAGCGUGGCGCCGGAGGAUCUGGCCUCGACGGAUAUCCUGGACGCCGUGAGAGAGGUUACGUGCUUGAACGGUGAAAGGACGACGACGAUAACGAUAGAAGACGGUACGGAGACGAAGGACGGAGAUCCUCAAGUGGUGGCGCUCAGAAGAGAGAAGGAGCAGCUCCUGGACAAGGUGGCCGAACUCGAGGCGGAGACUAUAUCCAGUCGUGCCAGGGCGCAGGAGCUGCAGUCCGAGCUGGCGGCGCUCUCCGCGUUGAAGACGGGUCUGGAGGAUAGGCUGAGGGCCGGACUGAACGAAACAUCCUCGGAUAUCCUCACGCCUGGCGCGCAACGGCUGCAACUGAUCGCUCCGGCGUUGUCCGUCGUCUCCACGCCGAAGAGCAACAACGUUAGCAACAUCAAGAGCAAGUCGUCCGCGUUCGCCUCGGUGGCGACGUCCGCCAAGGCGCACAAGAGCCGUUUUCGUACGAGGACCAUCGAGAAGAACGUUCUGUUGGACGUGAACGCCCACAACGACGAGCUGCGCGACAUCGACAUAGAGGCGAGCGUGAACGAAAGAAGAGCGAGGCUGGGCGCUCUGGAUUCCGUCCUCGUGUCGCCAAUGAGGAUUGCUCAUGUGAAGGACGUCGAUUCCAAGAAGAUUGCUGCCAUUCUACGCGAAAACUCCCCCCUCGAGCUGCAGCGGCACUUGAUCACCACUACCGUCCAUAAUCAGGUCCUACAAAAGAGGUUAGAUGAAGUAGAGAAAAGCACGGAAACUCUCUCUGAGCGGCUAGAUAAGGCACGCGAGGAGAAUGACGACCUACGUUUCCAGCUGGAGGAGCGAAACAUCGAGUUGGAGGGGACGCGUGCCCGCGUACGCGUGCUCGAGAGACUCCAGCAACGGCCUCCGACGGAAACGGAUCCGGAGGCGGACGGAGAGCAGCCCAGAUGCGAGCAGACCGGCCUCGAGCCUGGCAGCAGCACAGAGUCGGCCCGCGACCAUCACCAGACCGUCGAGGUGAAACCGUCGCCUCGACGGCGUCCUAGUCGUAUACCCUUGCCCGGCACCACGGCGAAGGCGACGGCCCCCAGACCGCCCAGCCACGGAAGGAACGAUAGCAAAGAGUCGUUGAAGUCGUUAACGAGACCUCCGCGUGAUUCUAGUCGCGACAGUCACAGCGGGAAGUCUCUGUCGAAGGCACGCGACUCGACGCGUGACUCCCUGGGCAACAAAAGCCUGACGAAGAACGGUAGCAACGGUAACGUCGGCGGCAGCAAUGGGAACGGGAACGGAAACAGCAAGGAGACGAACAGGGAGUCCCUGAACAGGUCCCUGCCGCGUAACAAUUCCAGCCGAGACUCCUUAAACAAAUCCUCCUCGCUGUCCCGCGCCCGAGACUCGCUGGAGUCUAACAACCUCGGCACGUCCUCAUCCCCGGGGACGACUCCUCCUCGACGACCGCCCGCUCCUGCACGCCGUUCCUACAGCCUGGCCCGCGGGUCAACGUCCGUUGAUACAGAGAACGGCAAGAGCUGCACCGAACCGCCGAGCUCCUGGUGCUCGACGAACGGGAGCUUCCGACACAGCGACUCGUCCCUGUACCCGGACUCCUUGAAUCAAGAGACCUCGUCGGUGACUGGCUCCACGAAAGUGGAAUUUAUCAUUGGUUCGCCGACCAGACGAUUCAGACAGAGCUCGGUCUGGCCACAUCGCUACUUCGACAGCAUAGACUCCACGGCGAUGCUGCCCGAGAGCCUUUUGACCGACGAGUUCUCCCUUCGUCGCGGCGAGGCACUCGCCGAGUGCGAUUCCCUCGAGUGUCAUCCGAUUUCCAACGAGAGUUGAAGCUCCUGAUUCUUUUAACCGGAUUUUAAGAGAGAAUCUUGGUAGUUCGGUCGGACCAGCAAUUAUGUCUACGUGUCCACUCGAGAGUUCUAUUCUCGACGGUCGUUAUCGACACUGGGGAACUAUUUUUACGUGGGCACACACACACGCGAGAGAUCUGCAUUGCUGGCAGUUGUUCUCGACCAUCGUUGUACUCGGUUUCCGUAUACAAAAAGUCUCUUAACCCUCCAUGAUCGAUGAUCCUUUUAUAAUACUCCCAACGCGUAGCAAUGAUAAAUAAGCAGUCGAUCGUUAACGGUUCAUUUUUAUCUAUCACGUUCACUGGUUUAUGGGUCGAACGUGGCCCACUCUGGACUUUCGAGAACCGAAUGUAAUGGUAAAUUGGUUCGUAUGGAGUAAAUAAAUAUUUUAAUUGAGUUGAUGCAGAUAUCGUUUCAACACAGGUUGAAUAAAAUAUAGUGAACGUGUUAGAGAGUUUUGGUACCCAGGAUAUGAUUCUCGAGUGUACACGUAGCGUUAGAAAAAUACAACUCGAAGGUUGAUGUUUGACGUAUAUUUAAAAAGACCAUCAAUCUGUACUUGAAAUGCGAGGAAGAAUGAUCAGAGUUUGGUUGAUUCCGUUACCAUCGCUAUGCGUGAGUGGAGAAGGAUGUUUGAAGGAUGUGGACUGGGAAAUUUAAACUUAUGAUUUUGACGCUGUUACUUAAUUUUGUGUACAUCACGAGAGACGUAAACGAGCGAGAGCGUUAACCUUUGGGUGCAGAUUGAGGAUUUGUCUAUUAGUCCAAGGCAUCUGGUUUCUUUAUUUAUUGUAUCAACUUCCUUGAUACGAUAAAGAGGGGUAGAAAAUUUAAACCCUCUGUAAUCCAUCGAUAAACUCUGAAAGUGGAAUAUAAAUUAUAUCUUAAUUUUUAAUAAAAGUUUGAAAAUAUUCGAUGAUACUGUUGCUUCGAAAUCAAAUAAAAUCUUCGAGAAUGCAACUAAUUGGCAUGAUUUCAGAGACAUACAGGGUUACAGAGGGUUAAGGUGCAUAAAUUCAAAUAUUUGCAUCAGAAAGAAAAAGUAUCUCCAUAAAAUAAGUAUCAUAUUUAUUUUUAUAGGUCGUCAUAACUGAAAUCGUUGAACUACAGUUUAUUUGUUCCAUUAAGUAAAAUAUAAGACCAAGGAAGAAGUCUUUACUUAACUUUUUUAAUUAGCAAAUAUUCUCAAUAGACUUAAACAAAUAUUACGUUAGAAAUUUUGCAAAACAAAGUGAAUAAGUUUCGGUUUAGACAUUAUUUCCAAACCUUGUAUUUGACUGAAGGAAAAGAAAAAUAUUUCUACUUCCCCAGAAACUGAUGUCGAGGAUUAGUAAUAACGAAUUCAAAAUACCAAGAUUCUUGCAAUGCAAAAGAGAAAUCGACGAUCAAAGAGAACGCGUGUGCUAGUUAUUUUUACAGCAGCCUAUCGUACUAUCUCUCAUUAACCAUUGUGUUUCACUUUCAUUUCACACUUGGACUGCAUUUUUGUUGUGCAGAUUUAUUGCGCGGGAAUAUAUUAAUCGGGGUUUAAUUUAUAUACGUCGCGCGCUAUGGAAUUGUGUCAUAUUAUACGUUGUCGACUCACCGACGGGCAGCAAAAAAUUUAAUUGGCCUUUAAGCGUUACUGGCAAAAAACAUGAGUUUGCACGCGAAAAUUAAAAAUAACGUAUGAUACACCGACGUGUGUUCAUUGUUUGUAUCGAAUGACAUACGAUGCGUAAAAUUCAUAAAUAGUCCUUUUUCGUUUGUACGGGUGCAAUUUCUUUUUAAACAUUUGACAAGGUAGCGUGAAAUUUUAACAGACUGACGAAAAAAACAAAAUUACAUCGCGAGACUCAUCGUUUUCUCAGUUUUUGUUCCGUGUCGUGGACGGUGGACACUUCCCGUGAACGAAAUUUUAAGCUAUCCGGGAGCUUAAAUAUUAUCAUGAUCUAUAAUCGAGUGUAUCAAGUAUGAAAUCUUUUUCACGCUCGAAUGAAAAUAGUUUGAUAUUCUUUAGUCAUUCUUAAAUCUCGAACUAUACAUUUUAUAUUGAUAUUUUAUAUUAUUUCGUUAUUCGUUUUUAAUACCAUUAAAAUAAUAAAAUCUAUUUGCAACUUUAUAUGUGAUCAUUCUUCGGAGUUGAGCGACUUUUGUUGCAUUUAUUCAUGUAGACUUUCAUUCGAGUAAUUUGAUAGAUAUUUCCACGCAGUAUAUAUCAUAAUUAUGAAUCGUAAUCGAGGAAAAUUAUCCUUCCACGAAACAUUUUGUUUGUUCUGUAAAAUUUAUUUGCCAGAAGAAGUAUUCGCUAAACUCCGAUCCUCUUAGUACAAAAUUUCGAAACUUCAAGUAUUCUUUGAAAAGUAUCACUCAUAUUUUAGAAUCGUCGAUUUUAAACGAUUUUUAUAAUUCGAUAAAGAAAAUACAUUUUUUCAGAUCGUACGACGUACUAAACAAUUAUUCAAUGCAUAGUUAUAGAACCAACUUCAAGGAUGAGUUUGUUCGACAAACUUUCGAUUACUUGAUACACGGUCCAUAAAAGAAUGUUUGUUUCUUAUUUCCAAUCGACUGUUAAUGGACUUUUUGAGGCGUGCAUUUCCGUGCAUUUUACAUUUGUAUCUUUAUAUCUUAAGACUGUACCUAUCCGCUGAUACAAAAAUCGUCAUCGUCGAACUUUUGUCGUAACUGUAAUCGGCGUUACGAAAAUGUUCUUACUGUUCAUAUCCACUAAGCUAAUUCUAUUAAUCUUUUCGCGACUGUUAUUUGUUUCUAGUUGAAGAUUUUUACAAACGUUUUAAAUUAUUUUAGCUGCAAUUUUCUUGUCUUUCAUUUAACAAAUUUAGAUGAUAUUUUUUUGUAUUCUUUUUUUAUAUAAGCAUAGAAAUGUUUUUUAUUUUGAAGAAAGUGUUUGAUGUUUUAUUAUUUCCAUAUAAUUAAUUGGAAAUCACGGAAUGAAAUUUAUACAAUUUAUUUUAAUCGAGAAUAUGAACUCUAUUCGCUUGGAACUUGUUAUAUUUAAGCGAAGAUUCGUCAACGAUUUUGUUGAAAAUAGUGCAAUAUUAGUUAGAAAAUAGAAAAUGGGAUAUUCGUUCCACAAAUUGAUUGAUCGUUCGUGUUUUGUUUUGAGGAAAAAAAAAAUAUAGUAGUAUUACAAAUUGCAGCGUAAUCGUUACUUUGCUCUUUUAUUUUCCAAUUCGUGUAAUUAUGCGUCACGCGCGGGAAGGUUGAUAAGAAUUAGCAUCGGAUGAUAUUACGACCACUAGCACAUUCCAUGCUGCGAAUUCAAAGAACAACAAUCUCGUAUUCCAUGUAGCAUUUGUACCUUUCGUUUAAACUUUCGCGUUGUAAUUAAUAUAAUUUAUUUAUUGUGUGCGUGUGAAUUGCGGGCCUGUCGAACGUUUGUGGAAACCGAACAUUGAUCGUAUACUCUUCGACUCGAAAAAAAAACCACGCGAAAACGAACAAAGCACAGAAAAUAGGGUUGUUCGAACGUACGAGUAGAUUGUCUGGAAGUUUUUUCGGGAUUACACAUAUCACGCGUGGUGAGAUGAAAGUAUAUCUAUCGACGACCAUAUUAUAUAUUCGCUCACCGCGCGACGUUGGACAUCUACGAAUCUUGGAAUUUGAAUCGAGUCUUUUCUUAAUUGUUCGAAGCAUUCGAAGGGUUCCGAAACGAAGUUUGUAAAAUACUUUCGUAUUUAAAUCGUAAUUAUUUUUUUAAAUCCAUUUAGAUCCUUUACAUUGUAUCGUUCGAAUAUAUUAAAUUACGAUAUUUGGAAUUUGAGAUUUUAAAAUAGAUUUAGCCUUUAAGCAAGCUAUUUUGUAUUUAUGUCACAUCGAACCUUUCGAAAGCUUGGAAGAUCGGAAACGAUCGACGAUUGAAAAAGCAAACCGCGUGCUCGACUGAGAAAUACCGCGCGACGUAAGCGACCGGAGAAAGACAUUUCGAAAGCGAGUGAGCAUCGUUGUUUCUUUUUUAUUAUAAAUGUAUUCGUUUAGUGCACACCAGGUUGCGGGUUCACAAGAUUCCAUUAGUCGGAACGUAACGCUUUACGGUGACUCGACGAAAACUACUACGUACCACACAGUUCCUUGCUUCAACCAAUUUUCGUUAUUUAUAAAAAAAGAAAAAGUGAGGAUAAAGGGCGACGAUCGCGAAACCAUCGAGCGUACGUUUAAUCACAGAGCUGAACCUGUGAUCCUAGUUGUAUAAAUAUUACCGCGCGAACUAUGUGAUUAACUUAGCUGAACUGAUAGGACUGACGGACUUUACUUAUUAUCUUAGUGCCUAACUAUUAUUACGCGAACAGAAACCAAAAUCGAAGCCGUUCGACUCGUGAUGGUUUGAUUCUUCUUAGCCGCCGCCGCCGCCGCCGCCGCCGCCGCCAUCUUUGUCGUCGCGUUCGACGAAUGAUCAUAAAAAAAAAAAAGAAAAGAAAGAAAAACGCGACGAA